ACCAUCUCCUAUAAAACCCAUUCACCCCCUUUCACCGAAACAAAAUAUCCUAUUAAUCAAACACCAUCUCCUAUAAAACCCUUUCACUUCUCCUGUCUUUCUUUGCACCUACAGGUUGGAGCAAACCCAAAGCCGCUACUACUCGAGUAUAUUAAUAUACAGAGCCACACACUUAUAUUACAUAUACACCAAACCCCUUAUAAUAUAUUAGCAAGUAGUAUUCAAUAUUCAUGGAGGAAUCGACGUCGGAGCUUGAACUGCCGGGAUUUAGAUUUCACCCCACGGAGGAAGAGCUACUCGGAUUCUACCUUAAAAACAUGGUUUUCGGAAAGAAGCUUCACUUUGACAUCAUUGGUUUCCUCAACAUCUACCACCAUGAUCCUUCGGAUUUGCCUGGGCUGGCUAAGAUUGGGGAGAGGGAAUGGUACUUCUUCGUGCCGAGGGACAGAAGACACGGGAACGGGGGGAGGCCGAACCGGACCACCGAAACCGGGUUCUGGAAGGCCACCGGUUCGGACAGGAAAAUUCUGAGCCACUCCGAUCCCAAGAGGCUCAUUGGCCUCAAAAAGACUCUGGUCUUCUACAAGGGAAGAGCCCCCCGGGGCUGCAAAACCGAUUGGGUCAUGAACGAGUAUCGCUUGCCCGAGAAUUUUCCCUCUCCCAAGGAAAUAGUGUUGUGCAAGAUAUACAGGAAGGCGACGUCGUUGAAGGUGUUGGAGCAGAGGGCGGCGAUGGAGGGGGAGAUGAAAGGCUUGCGAGGGCUGGAGCCGUCGCCGCCGAUGACGCCGCCGACAGAUACCGUCUCCUUUACCGGGCCGCAAGAAGAGAGCAUGGAGAUGGCCGCCCAAUUCAUGGCCUUCAAAAGGGAAGAUACUGAAGACGACUAUAAUGCGCUCUUUGUACAAGAUAAUGCAAUUAGUACUUCAACGACGUCAGGGAAAGCGAAAUUAUCGGAGCUGCAAGUGCCCAGGUUCAGCAUGGACUGGACGCAGGACCAGCUUUGGGCGCCGCUGCGAAGCCCCUGGCUCGACAAUUUCGCGAUGCCCCAGCCCCAGGCCAAUGUUAUGAACUUUUAAUUGAAGUCCAUUGCCACCCGAGUUUUGGCCUAGCCGUAGACAGUAACGCUGCUGAACUCGAAAUUUUGAGUUCGGAACUUGCUCUCUCUCAAUUGGCAUAAUCUUAAUUAUCCCAAACAAUAAGGUUCAAACAUAACGACGUCGGGAUUUUGUAGAUAAAUUUGGUUCGACAGCCUAAUUUGGGUCCAUUUUGCAGCGAAGAAUCUGAAGCUCCGUGGCGAUCCCUGGCUUUGUUAAGAAGUCUUGAGUGAUGCAUUGACUUAGUUUAAUAAGAAUUUAAUGUGUUUUUAUUAGCACUGUUCUAAGUUUUUUAAUUAAUUUGUUGGUGCUGGGACGGGCAGCUUGCAGAUUCAUCUGUAUUUUGGAUGAGGAAAGGAAUCCUUCUCCCAUACUCGUCUUUGCAUCUUCGUUCUUCUUGUCGUGGAUAAUGUACUUGACUUUCUUGGACCCAUCAUCAAUUUCUAUCAACUACUAAUAUAGUUGUCCUGUA